AUGAAGCUCUCUCCCUCAACCCGCACACGGGUGUCAAGAGGAAGAAACAAUAUUGUCAUUGUCGUCGCAGCUCGUCAGCCUCGCUCUCGCUCGGAUUCGCGACUGAGUUACGGAUACAAGCACAAAAGCUAUCGUCACCACCAAGCAUGA